UUCACUUUUCUAAAAUAGUUGGAAAAUCUCUUAUGUUCUAGAACUUUCACUCCAGCAAUGUAAUGUUUAAAACAAAGGAUCUUCACAACCCCGCACCCCACUUUACCUCAGUGUGUUUACUAUGAUGACAUUCCUGUGUCAAUAUUUGAAAUACUGGUGAAGGACAACUCGAGAACACAAAUCCUAGCGUUUCAACAGACAGCAGAAUACAGUGUGAUCAGUGUUCCCUUCCUCUAGCAGAGCGAAAGGACUCCUGCUUUAUCUGCUGCUCCACGUGCAGGAUGUCUCCCUAUCAAUGUGGGAUCGUCACGGCUCUGUUCCUGUUCUCUUUCCCAGCAACAUUGGGCUCUAAAGUGUUUCUGGAGCCAGAUAAAGCCGUUCAGGUCCUAAGGGCUCGUAGAGCCAACUACUUCCUGGAGGAGAUGCUGCCUGGGGACCUGGAGCGAGAGUGUUAUGAGGAAACCUGCUCCCAGGAGGAAGCUUCUGAGAUAUUCCAGAACAAGGAGAAGACGUUGGAGUUUUGGUUUAGAUAUAGAACCCUGAACCCCUGUGAAGUGAACCCUUGUGUGAACGGAGGGUUCUGCACCAUUGUCCGGAAUGACUUCGUGUGCCUCUGUCCCCCCCGCUUCGACGGUAAACGCUGUGAGAUAGAGGUGUUUGAGUGUGAAUACAAGAAUGGAGGCUGUCUGCAGUACUGCACCAACAUGGGGCGAGCCACUGGUGUGCAGUGCAGCUGCGCGGAGGGGUACCAGCUGCAGGAGGAUAGCAGGACAUGUGACGAAGCAGUGCCAUUCCCCUGUGGGAAGAGGUGGGCGCAGAAUUCUGGAUACCGCUCUCUUCUCGACGAGGCCCUCCUCCUCAACGACACCUCGGCUUUUGCCCAAGGAGGUAACUCCACCCAACCAGCAGAUAACUCCACCUCUCCGGUGGGCAAAUCCAUCCAUGAAGGGAAGAACUCCACCCAUCACAGGGGCAACUCCACUGACCCCGUGCAGCUCGGGCUUCCGGGGGAAGGCGAUGACAGCGUGCGCAUUGUCGGGGGUCAGUUGGAGAGGCAGGGCGGCAGUCCGUGGCAGGUUCUGAUCCGCAGGAAGAACGGGUACGGGUUCUGUGGGGGCACACUGAUUGGCCCACGCUGGGUUCUCAGUGCAGCUCAUUGUUUCCAGGAGACGCCUGAUCAUGUGACCAUCGGGGACUAUGACAAGAUGAGGCCAGAUCUGGACGAGCAGAAGAUCCAGGUGGAGGCGGUGAUGGUGCACCCUCACUUUCACGCCUACACCUUCGACAGCGACAUCGCGCUCCUCUACCUGGCCGAAGCAGUGCACCUGGGGCCCUACGCCACGCCCAUAUGCCUCCCCAACGAGCACCUGGCGCGCAUCCUCUCCAAGGAGGGCACCAUGGGCACGGUGACGGGCUGGGGCGCCACCGAGUACCUGGGCCGGUCGUCCCGCUACCUGCGCAAGGUGGCGCUCCCGGUGGUGGACCACAUGAAGUGCGUCCAGUCCACCGAGCAGGUCGUCACCGACAACAUGUUCUGCGCCGGCUACCUGCAGGAGAACCUGGACGCCUGCAGCGGCGACAGCGGCGGCCCCUUCGUGGCCAACUAUCGGGGGACGUGGUACCUCACCGGGGUGAUCAGCUGGGGCGAGGAGUGCGCCGCCAAGGGGAAAUACGGCUUCUACACCCGGCUGGGAAACUACCUGCCCUGGAUACAGGAUACAAUCCUGAGGCACGGUCAGAACGCCACAGAGACAGCUCUCACAUGAAACCUGUGCUUGCUCUGCCGCCUCAGCACCAGAAACGCCCGGGAAGACACCGUGCAGCCAUUUUCUUUCCUUGCAUUUUAGGUGUUCGGUAAGCUAUGGAGAUCGAUGUAUACUUUUCACACAUAUCUUUUCAAACUCAUUUGUAAACAGGAGUGCUAAAGGGUCUGGCACGGUGCGUCGAUUUUGUGUGGAUAUUCACAUCAAGUUCACUUACGAUUGGCAGGUCACAAAACGGCCGCAUCACUGAUUGGUUAAAAUAUUUAAAGAAGCAUUUGAAAUACCAACUUUUUUUU